GGUUCUUACAGCAUAGCCAGCAACAAUGGCGGUGGUUACCAACACCAAUUGGUGGAUAAUAUUGGCAACCAUGGAAAGAAGGCGUGAGGGUCCUGUGGUUGUGCCUGAUUGCUGCCAAUGGGCAAUCUGCGCUGGAUUGAUUGGCUGGUGUUCGCCCCUGACCCUAGCCGCGGAACUGCAGGCGUUAAAUUUAGUUGCUCUCACUUAGCCACGCUAUCAAUAACUUUUUCUCUCUCUCUCUUCAUAAAAAAUGACCAUCGCCUCUGAAGAACCUCUGUUCUCUACUAGACUCAUAUCCUCAGACGUUCAAGAGAAGCUUCCUCAAGGCGUCUUCUUGCGUCCUCUGCAAAGAUCCGAUUAUGACAGAGGAAUCUUGGAGGUAUUGUCUCAGCUUUCGGUGACAGGCGAUAUUACUAGAGAAAAGUUUGAAGAGCGCUUUGACUUUCUCAAAUCAACCAAGACCUACUUUACAACGGUGGUGGAGGACGAAAAGAGUGGUCUCAUAGUGGCAUGUGCUACGUUGUUGGCUGAAUAUAAGUUUCUUCAUGAGUGCGGCAAAAUUGGCCAUAUAGAAGACGUGGUGGUGCACGACUCACAGCGCGGCAAAAAGCUUGGUCAAAGACUUAUUGAACAGCUUCAAUAUGUUGGACGUGCUAUCGGAUGCUACAAGGUGAUUCUUAACUGCACAGUUGAGAACGUGCCCUUCUAUGAAAAGUGCAACCUCAAGAAAAAGGAUGUGCAAAUGACGCACUAUUUCGAACCAUUUAUGAUCAAGGUAGAGGAAGAGAUCAACCAGCAGAACUACGCAAAGUACCAGCAACGUCAGGCCACGCUUGAUUUAGGGCUGAGUCCUAAUGCUGAGAAAAGCUUCCGAACCAUGCUCCUCGAGGCAGAGCAAAGACUGCAAUCCUCAUCAAUUAGACAAUCACCUACUGUGUCUACUAAGUUGACCGCAGACCCUGGAGAGAUCAAGGAGGAUGCCUAAUGUACAUAUUGAAAGACAUGAGAGUGUCGAUAGUUUUAUAAAUACAGUUUCAAAGAAAAACGGAAUGUUUGCAGGUGUGGAGUUGCGACACCAUGGAGUACUUGCACGCCAUUUAUGUUUUGGAAAGGUCCACUAUAGUCCCUAGAGACGAGCUUGGGGUUUAUGUGUAUUGGCAUUCAUGACACUUUUUCUUCUAUUAUAUGUAGAAAGAAAGCCUAUGGAGACCAUAACGCUUUUGGGCAAAAUG